GUUAUCUACAAGUGAGCUUGGUGACUCGAUAAGAUCUCGACAUCACAACUCGCAGCUGCCCCGCGGCGCCAUAUGGCAGCUGCCAGCCCCACUACGCGCCAUUCAUCCCACGGUACAAGCAACGCUCGGCAUCGGUAGCGUCCGCAAGUGCAUCUGGACCUCGACUCCAGCUUCGAGGUUUCAUCUUCGCCUUCCGCACUCGUUGCUGUUUCUUUUGUUGUUCCUAUUGACGCUCAAGAUGACGGCUUGCCCAACUCCAUCGCUCCACAAUCAUGACACAAGGACCUCCAAACCAUCACUGUUCGGCAAUGUCUCAAAGAAGGCUUCGGAAUACCACUCACAAGUGCCAUAUAUUAGCAAGCUUCCUUUCCCAGCAAUUGCAAUUAUCGUGACGCUCAUCGUCGUCAAUUCGAUCGUCUGGGCCGCCGUUGGUGUUGUAUUGCAUUUCAAUACCCAUUUGGUAUCAACAGCGAUUCUCUCUUACACCCUAGGACUUCGCCAUGCCUUGGACGCAGAUCACAUCUCCGCUAUUGACCUGAUGACCCGGCGUCUAAUCGCCGCGGGUCAGCGCCCUGUGACCGUAGGGAUGUUCUUCUCGCUCGGUCACUCGACUAUCGUCAUUGUCACUUCGCUCGUCGUAGCUGGUACGGCAGCCGCUGUGUCGUCGAAGUUUGACAGCUUCGAGCGCAUCGGCAGGAUCAUCGGUACUUCUGUGUCUGCUGCGUUCCUGCUUCUCCUCGGCAUAAUGAACAUCUACAUCUUGUACAAACUGAUUGUCCAGAUGCAGAAGAUCCUUGCGAGCGAGCCCGGCCAGGAGCACGAGGAGUUCAAAAACCAAGGUGGUGGAUGCUUGUUUCCCAUCUUACAAAAGCUGUUCAAGCUUGUCGAUCGACCAUGGAAGAUGUACCCACUCGGUGUGUUGUUCGGUCUGGGGUUCGACACAUCUUCAGAGAUCGCUAUCCUCGGUAUCAGCUCUAUUCAAGCGACCAAAGGCACUUCAAUCUGGCUGAUCCUGAUCUUUCCAUUGCUGUUCACGGCGGGCAUGUGUCUGCUUGACACAACAGAUGGUGCGCUCAUGAUGAGUCUGUACACAAGCACGCAACUGGCACGGGAUCCGAUUGCGAUCUGCUACUACAGCAUCGUUCUUACGGUCAUUACGGUCAUUGUCGCGAUAAUCAUUGGAACUGUGCAGUUCCUUAACUUGAUCUUGAAUGUUGCUAAGCCGGAUGGCGAAUUCUGGGACGGAGUGGAGAAGCUAGGUGACAGCUGGGACAUUGUUGGUGGAGCCAUCUGCGGCGCGUUUGUCGUCUUUGGAGGUCUUAGUGUCUUACUGUACAAGCCAUGGAGACGCCGUGUUGACAAGAAGAGGCUCGGCAAUGCACACUUCAGACCGCUGUUGCAGAGCCCUGAUACGGCCGUGCGUAACGAUGAGGAGCAGCACGGUGGUACAGCAGACAGGACCAGAGGGAAGAAGGACGUUGAUAUCGUGGUUCAGUCGGUUGUAGCAACUGAUCUCGCCGGGCCUGCACAUCGCUAGGCAAUACAUUGAAAGACAGGCAACAAUCGUAAACCAGCAGUGGAUGCGCCUUGCGAACACAGCCUUCAAUACGGCACAGUUCUACGCAUUCAUGCGUCUUGAAGAAUCGAUAAUCCAGAGCCAAUCAAAUACAGCGCC